AUGGAUAGGCAGACUGCAGAAGUACCUAUUCUGCUGUCAGGUGACUUUCGAACAUAUAAAACAAUUACAGCCGUACAUAGCCAAACAAGCCUCGCGCCCCACCAGCAAGACGCGCUUGAGGCACUGAGCAACAACCUAGCUGAUAUAGCCCAACAACACCUCAACGCCUAUAUCAGAGGUGUCUCCUUGACCAAGGCCUCUUCUGCUAUUGCCCCCGCCCCUACCACUGAUUCCCUAACCCCCUCCCCUCCCCCCUCCCGCCCCCCCUCCGGCCUGGCCCAAUCCACGUACGCGUCUGUGGCCCAGAUCAACUCUGGCAAAACUGCUGCCAUCAAGAAGACUGGCAAGCCAAAGCCCUUGAAAACUGAAACUGAGGCUCCUCCAGACACACGCCUCUUUACACCUUUGCCAUUUGCUCCAGCCUCUGCUCUAGGCUAG